CUCGUCUGCAACCGCCAUGGUGCAGAACGAGUACAUCGAGGAACACAUCAAGCGACAUGGUCGGCGGUUAGAUUACUAUGAGCGCAAGCGGAAGAAGGAAGCUCGUGCUGUCCACAAGGCAUCCUCCACCGCCCAAAAAAUGUUUGGAUUGAAAGCCAAGCUCUUGCAUGCUAAACGACAUGCCGAGAAAGUCCAACUUAAGAAAACCCUCAAGGCUCAUGACGAGAGGAACGUCAAACAAACAGACUCGUCAGCAGUACCAGAUGGUGCCCUUCCCACCUACCUCCUUGACCGCGAGGGUCAGAAAGAUGCCAAAGCCCUGUCGUCUGCCAUCAAGCAAAAACGCAAGGACAAGGCUGCCAAAUACGCUGUGCCUCUUCCUCAAGUCCGCGGUAUCGCAGAAGAUGAGAUGUUCAAGGUCAUGCGGACCGGCAAGCGGAAGCAAAAAUCAUGGAAACGCAUGGUCACGAAGGCGACGUUCGUUGGCGAGGGUUUCACAAGGAAGCCCGUUAAGAUGGAGCGGUUUGUGCGACCCAUGGCCCUUCGAUACAAGAAGGCAAAUGUGACACACCCCGAUUUGAAGGCAACUUUCCAGCUUCAGAUCCUCGGAGUGAAGAAAAACCCACAAUCACCUAUGUACACUCAACUUGGUGUUCUUACCAAAGGCACUGUCAUUGAAGUGAAUGUAUCUGAGCUGGGUAUGGUUACGACGGGCGGCAAGGUGGUAUUCGGUAAGUACGCACAGAUCACAAACAAUCCAGAGAAUGAUGGGUGCAUCAACGCCGUCCUCCUGGUGUAAAUUGCCAUGUGGUUGUCGGUCCUUAUGAGAUCGUCAGCUGGUGCACUCGUCAAAAGUAGAACAGACACUGGGAUAUCCACGUGUGUAAUUGCACAUAUGUAUUGAAGCAUACUAUUAUGUGCAUCUUAUAUGCAUUUGUUCAACCUACAUUGAUCGAGCAGAUCUAGGCGAGGUUCGAAAGCUGUUUAGCUCCCAGUUACAGUUAGCCCUAUAGUAAAAUACUGCAGUAGUGUGAAAGUGAUGUUGAUUAGUAUUUGCUCACCCCUGUCUUCCUUGUUCCUUUACC